CAUGUGUGACACUGCAGCACCAGCACAGAAGCCCCUGCUGCACUUACAAUGGACAGGUAUGGAGGUUCCCCAGUGUCUGUGUUUACAGUGGAGACCCAGGACCACCAGUCUCCCCACUGUCCUCCUCCCAUAAGAAAGAGGGCAUCCAGGGGCAGGACGCUGAUUCAGCUGGUCCUGGUGGCACUUACUCUACUGGCACUGUGCGGCGCAGCAUCCCAGAUCUACUACUUAAGGAGGAUGCAGAGCAAUCUAGAUGCCGCUCAGGAAAUGAUUAACACACAUUUCCAUGAACAGAAGAUGAUCCUUAAACCAGAUGGUCGCCCCAUUCCCUCUGCUCAUGUUACGGGUCUAACAGUUGCAGACUACUCUUCCAGCGUUCCUCUACAGUGGGAGCCCACCAGAGGUCUGGCUUUCCUCCAUGACGUAGGAUACAGCAACGGGUCACUUCUCUGCAAGACGAGUGGACUAUAUUUUGUGUACUCCAAGCUGCAACUGGGCUUAUCAAAUUGCCCCCAAACCUCUGACACUUCAACAUUUAUUCAUGGGGUGUACACGAGAAGUACUGACAAACCACUGAUGGAGGACAGGAGAAGGUUCUGUGACACUGAGGGGUCUCCCUUAUGGAAGGGAAGCAGCUUUAUCGGGGCCGCUUUCAUGUUGGAAAAAGGAGAUGAAGUCUAUGUCAGGAUGUCUCACAAAAAUCUCAUACGCGUCGAUAGGGACACUGUGACCUUCUUUGGACUUUUUGGGCUUUAGAGAACUCAAAAGAAUUGCUUUCUCCAGCAACUGGGUCACAAAACAUGGAAAAGAGUUACUCACCCGUAAAGUAAAAUGUCCUCUUGAUGAGACUAAAAAACAAAAAAAAAUUUUUACUUAAACUUUAAAAUCAGAUUUCCUCAAGCGAGCAAGACCUUGCAUCUUCCAUCGUUCGGCGAGUCUGCUCUGCGUCAUUGGAGGAUAUGUUUAGACAGAAGCAAUGAAAUUAAUUUUACUUUUUUGGGGCCAUUGUUUUGUUAAAUCCAUCUGAUAUUUUUGCCGGUAUGUACCCCGUCUUUGCCCUGCCUCUUUUUAUAAAAGAUUUCAGAAAUUGGAUAUUCAAGAUGCUCUUUGAUAACAAAGCGUUGAUAAUAAAUAUGUUGUGUUUUUUUUUACGUUCUAGAGGUAACUUAUGACAUUGGGACUUUAUUUAUUAUGAGAUGCAGUUAGUUUAUCAACAGUCCCUAAAUGUAGCAUUUUAUUCACAUUACAGAGUAGCCGCAUACAAAGUCGCUUAUUGUGUCUGAUUCAUGUCCGGCUGUUGUAUCGGCGCAUGCUGCAAAGUAACGAUGUUCGGUAAUUAGUGCAUGUGCUGGACCCAUACUGAUCAUGUGCAAUAUGGGUCUGCAACGUGACGUCGGACGUGGAUCGUCAGCAAACUGACAGUGAUUGACAGUUUGAUGCCAUUUGGAGGCGUCGCUGGCCUCUGUUCCUCAAAAUGGAGGCGUGUCACCACCACCAUUGCGGGGGAGGGACGAGGCCAGAAUCUACGUCCAGGGAUGGAGAUUUCCUGGCCUCUUUGUGUUGCUGUGGUGGCUAUCCCAAUGGGUCAUGCGGCCAUCUGAUGAGUCGCAGAUGAGCCGUUUCUGUGUCCCAGGAUGCAGUUCGGAUCAGUAAUGUAGCAGCAUGUGUGGCGCCCCCUGCUGCAUUACCAUAUUAGUGCGGUCGCUGCUCCUUCCAUGUAAGUAACAGCAUGGAGUGUUCCUCCAACCACACCUGAAUUAGGCCCAAAGUGUACUGGGUGCUAUGGAUUAGUACUUUUUGUGACAGAGGAAUUAGUAUAAAGUCGCAGACUGAGUACAGUAAUACAUGGCGCAAUGUAGCUUCACAUUUUUUCUCAGGUUAGCCUCCAGGCAGCACACAGCGGCGGCGCACUGUCAGCGCCAGUGUCCAGGCUACCCGUGCAUUGUAAUUAAAAAAAUGUGAUGAGAUGCAUGACGCGGCUUAGUCGUAAAGUCCGUGGCUCGCCAAAUGCGAACUGAGGACCCUUAUGUGACCCUGGGGAAACCAUGUUACCGUGGUUGACGCCUUUACAAAAAACAACUGGGACAGCACGGACGGUGUAAUGGUUAGCUUUGUUGCCUCACAGCACUGAGGUCAUGAGUUUGAUUCCCACCACUGUGUGGAGUUUGUAUAUUCUCCCCGUGCUUGCGUAGGUUUCCUCCAGGUACUCCAGUUUCCUCCCAUAAUCCAAAAAUAUACUGGAAGGUUAAUUAAUCCUAAUGUGUAUGAGUAUGCGUAUAUGUGUAAUAUAGAUUGUAAGCUCCACUGGGGCAGGGACCGAUGUGAAUGGCCAGAUACGGUAAUAUAUGUAAAGCGCUGCUGAAUGUGUGCGCACUAUAUAAAGAACUGGUAAUAAGUAAAUAACUG